AUGGCCUCCCGACCAGCAGCAGGAGCCCGCCCCGGGGCGAAAUUCGCUCAGUUCAAGCUUGUCUUGCUCGGAGAAUCCGCAGUCGGAAAGAGCUCCCUCGUGUUGAGAUUCGUUAAAGAUCAAUUCGACGAUUACCGCGAGUCCACAAUCGGCGCCGCCUUUCUGACACAGACCAUCGCCCUCGAUGAGAGCACCACAGUCAAGUUCGAGAUCUGGGAUACGGCUGGCCAGGAGAGAUAUAAGUCGUUGGCCCCGAUGUAUUAUCGGAAUGCCAAUUGCGCCGUCGUAGUCUAUGACAUCACUCAGGCUUCGUCUCUGGAUAAAGCCAAGUCUUGGGUGAAGGAGCUUCAACGACAAGCAAAUGAGAACAUUGUGAUUGCCCUGGCAGGCAACAAGCUCGAUCUCGUUACCGAAAGCCCCGAUAAGCGAGCAAUUUCCGCCGCCGAUGCUGAGGCCUACGCCCGUGAGGCUGGCCUCCUCUUCUUUGAAACCUCCGCCAAAUCCUCGACGAAUGUGCGCGAGUUGUUCACAGCCAUCGCCAAGAAGCUGCCCCUCGACCAGGCUGGCCCACGGAACCUGAGGACAGCCCCACGACCCGGUGUCGACCUCCGGCCCGAGGCCCCGGGCACUCAGGGUGCCGGUGCCUGCAACUGCUAA